AUGGCAGCAGCACACAUUGCCGAAUGGCAGAAGCGCGCAGAGGCCUUCAAGCCUCUCAACCUCAAGCAGAUCGAGGGCCCCAUCGCCGAACUCGACGCACACCUCACCCUUCGCUCAUACAUUGUUGGCUACGCUGUCACCGACGCCGACCUUGAUGUGUGGAAGGCCAUCCGCGGCAACCGCAUCGCCCACUCGUCCGUCAUCAAGCAGGGCACCUACAUCAAUGUCAGCCGCUGGUUCAACUUCAUCGAGGAGAGCGAGCGCCCUGUCGUCGAGCUCGCCAGCCGCGGCAAGGAAAUGGCCAAGAAGGCCGAGGGCAAGUCCGACCAGGGCAACUACGACAUUGGCCUGCAGGGCACCGAGAAGGGCGUCGUCACUCGCUUCCCUCCCGAGCCUUCAGGCUACCUCCACAUCGGUCACGCAAAGGCCGCCCUGCUCAACGACUACUUUGCCCACAAGAAGUACCAGGGCAAGCUGAUCCUUCGUUUCGACGACACCAACCCCACCAACGAGAAGCAGGAGUUUGAGGAUUCGAUAGUCAAGGACCUCGAACUGAUGGGCAUCAAGCCUGACCAGGUCACCCACACCUCCGACUACUUCCAGGAGCUGUACGACGCCGCCGUCAAGAUGAUCAAGAGCGGCAAGGCCUACGCCGACAACACCCCUCAGGACAUUCUCCGUGACGAGCGCAUGAAGCUGAUCGACUCCAAGCACCGCAACGACUCGAUCGAGGACAACCUUGCCCACUUCGAGGAGAUGAAGGCGGGUACCGAAGAGGGCACCACCUGGUUCAUCCGUGCAAAGAUCAACAUGCAGGACCCCAACGGUGCCAUGCGUGAUCCCGUCAUCUACCGCUGCAGUCCUCAAGCUCACCACCGUACUGGCGACGCCUGGAAGAUCUACCCCACCUACGACUUUGCUUGCCCCGUCGUCGACGCUCUCGAGGGUGUCACCCAUGCACUCCGUACUACCGAGUACAAUGACCGUGACGCCCAGUUCCAGUGGAUGCUCAAGGCCAUGGACUUGCGUCACGUCUACAACUGGAACUUUGCCCGUAUGGCCUUUGUCCGCACUUUCCUGUCAAAGCGCAAGUUGACAAAGGUUGUCGAGAACGGCGGUGUCUGGGGCUGGGACGACCCUCGUAUGCCUACCGUCAGAGGUAUCCGUCGCCGCGGUAUGACUGUCCCUGCCCUUCAGGAAUUCAUUCUUUCUCAGGGCCCCUCAAAGUCCAUUACCUUGAUGGAUUGGACUAAAAUUUGGGCCACCAACAAGAAGUACAUUGAUCCCAUUGCCGGUCGCUACACCGCCAUCGACACAAAGGACAAGGUCACCGUUACUGUCACUGGUGCUCCCGCCACUCACACCGACCUCAAGGACUUGCACGCCAAAAACCCCGCCGUCGGCCAGAAGAAGGUUGUCUUCAGCAAGAACAUCAUUCUUGAUCAGACUGACGUCGCUUCCUUUGAGGAGGGAGAGGAAAUCACUCUCAUGAACUGGGGCAAUGCCAUCGUCAAGUCAAAGUCCACCUCUGUCGUCGACGCCCUCAAGUCUCCCCUCGCCACUCUCAGCGGCAAUGCCCCCAUCUCUUCCCUCGAGUUGGAACUCCACCUCCAAGGCGACGUCAAAAAGACGUCCAAAAAGGUCACUUGGCUCUCCACCGACCAAGAGCUCAUCCCCGUCAAACUCUACGAAUUCGACUACCUGCUCACAAAGGACAAGCUCGAGGAAGAAGACGAGUUUGAAAAGUUCCUCAACCCCACCACUUCGACACUUACAGAGUGUUUGGCCGACUGUAAUGUUGCUGAUUUGAAGGAGGAUGACAUUAUGCAAUUUGACCGCAAGGGAUUCUUUAGAGUCGACAAGGCUUUCAAGAAUGGAGAGGCUGCUGUCUUUUUCCAGAUUCCUACUGGUAAGGCAGGAAAAUAG